AAUGGGCGGCAAAUCUCCAUCACUAGAUUGUGAGGAAGAACAAAAGCUGAUAUCACCAACAACGCCGAUGACGCCGAUUAUGCAAAUGACAAAGAACCCGUAUUCUUCCUUAAAAUAUAGGAGUCGAUACCGGGCUGGACCGACGCGGAAGUUGCGUCGUCGCGCCGUUCUGAAAAAUGGCGAUUGCAAUGUGUUACAAUCACGCAUCUCCCGGCGAUCAUUGCGUUUUCUUCAAGACAUCUUCACAACUUUAGUGGAUACACAAUGGCGUUGGACCCUGCUAUGUUUUAUCUUAAGCUUUCUUUUAUCUUGGCUGGGUUUUGCAGUGAUUUGGUGGCUAAUAGCCUUCACUCACGGUGACUUCGAAGAGCAUCAUUUGCCGCCUUUUCAAGUAGAAAACAACUGGACACCGUGCGUUUACAAUAUUUUCAGCUUCACUAGUUGUUUCCUCUUUAGUAUCGAAACUCAGCAUACUAUUGGAUAUGGCAGCCGCUCUACUACCGAAGAAUGCCCUGAAGCUAUAUUUAUUAUGUGCCUUCAGAGUAUCGCUGGUGUCAUGAUCCAAGCUUUCAUGGUGGGCAUCGUAUUCGCUAAAAUGACCAGGCCAAAACAACGUACUCAGACUUUGUUAUUUUCGCGAAAUGCUGUGAUUUGUCAACGAGAUGGUGAGCUUUGUCUCAUGUUUCGAGUGGGUGAUAUGAGGAAAAGUCACAUAAUUGGCGCAAGUAUACGCGCACAAAUGAUUCGCAAUAAAAUUACCAAAGAGGGUGAAAUUCUGUUUCAACACCAGCAUGAACUGGUAGUAGGUACUGAUGGUGAAAAUGGCGAUCUAUUUUUUAUUUGGCCAGCUACCAUCAUUCAUCGGAUCAACGAAUCUUCGCCCUUCUUCAAUAUGUCCGCUGAAGAUAUGUUAACUGAACGUUUCGAAAUUGUUCUAAUCUUAGAAGGUACUAUCGAAUCUACUGGACAAACUACUCAAGCAAGGUCUAGCUAUCUUCCGCAAGAGAUUCUAUGGGGCCAUCGUUUCGAUCCCAUUGUAAGCUAUUCAAAGGAACGACAAGGUUAUGAGGUAGACUAUUCACUGUUUAAUAGUACCACUCAAGUUGACACUCCAUUGUGCUCUGGCAGGGAGCUUACAGAAUUUUAUAAGGCGCAGGAUGAUCUUCGUCAUGGAACUGAUGGAAGCCUAAAGAAAAUCCCUAGCGAGCCGAAGAAUGUUCCAAUUGUGCUCAAUAUGCUCCCUCAAGCAGACAGCACAGGUUUUCUCAUCCAUCAAGAUCGCUCUUCUCAGAAACCGUCCAAACUGCAUAUUGACAUUCCAUCUAUCAACGAUGGUCCUGGAAUAUAACUUAUGUUGGUCAGAAAAAGUUAAAAUAAAAUAAGAAACGAAGAAGAAAGAUAAAUAGGAAUAGAUCACAAAAGAAGAGAAUGAUGUAGAAACAACAUACGCGCGCGCGGGGGCGCGUUCCUCAUCAUACAAAAAUUUGAAUAAUCCUUUUUUUUUGUUUCAUUAAGAAGAGUAAGUUAUGUAUUUAUGUUAUAGGUUAUAUAACUAGAGAAGAUUAAUUACAUAAAUAAAUCAAUUAAAACGAUCUUGAUAAUACAAUUUAUUAGUUAAACGUUGGCAUAUAUUGUAUUAUGUUGAUUCUACAAUGAGUCAAUAGUUCUAAGUCUUAUUAGUGAAGUUGAGCCACUGAAAUAACUAUUGGAACAAUAUAGCGCGAUGCUGCUGUUUUUGUUAAGAAUGAUCCGAGAGAGAGUUUCAAAUGGCAUCUUUAUCCUUUUCUAACUUGUAUUCAAAUAUAAUUGCGAAUGUGCAGUAGACGAUAGCUUUUCAGUGCAACAGAGUGCGCGAAAUUCUAAAAUUAAUGUUUCUUUAUCAAUGUUAAUGUCAUUACCGCAUUUACUACCAAUCAUUGUAUUAACUCUUAUGAAAAAAAUUCUCAAUUUUGAGCGUUGAAUACUCAAAAAGAACGCUCAAAUUUGGAUGUGAUUUCGGACCGUCAACUGAAGGUUGACACCCAAUUGAACGUUAACGCCCAAAGAAAACCAUCAAAAUAAAUAGCUUUAUUUUAUAAAAUUAAUUAAUUCUGUUUUAUUGUUAAAAUAACAUUGUUGAUCUGUAUCAUAUUCUGAAAUACACAUGACAAAAUUAAAUUGAAAAAAAAAAACACUUUCGCAGCUCUUUCAUUUAAGAGUUAAUUUCCUGAUUUUUCUAAGCAGUUACCUAUUCAAUUUUGUACUUCAUCCAACAAUGCUUUACCUCUACAAUCGUACGGGAACUGCUGCUUCGAUGAUCUAAGAACACUGAAUGUUAAUGGAUGUAUAACUGUGACAUAUCUCAAUAGAUAAGUUUGUCAGAAAGAUGUUUCAUAUAUAGUUAAAAUAUAUUUGCUUAACGAUUA